AUAGGAAAUUGAAAUUUGAACUGUAACACCUAUUUUGAAGUUGUUUUGAAACAAGACAUACAAGUCAUAGAAAAGCAAGUGGCGAUAAAGAAGUGAAACCGAUAGUGAUAAUAAAUAGUAAGAAAACUGACAUAACAGGAAAUAUCAAAAAUUUUGAAGAAUUGGCUACUUUCUUGAAAGACGUGAAUAGUUAUGAAGCAUGUCCUGGUUCAGGGAAAGAAGUGGAAAGGUGCAAAGGAUACUACGCUAAGCCAGAUCUUGAUCAGACAAAAAAUGUAAAAAGAUGUAAAUAUUGUGCUGCGAAGAGACAAUCAGAUAUUAGGUUAGAAAGAAGGCGAAGAGUAAAAAGGAUAGCAUUCAGGAAACAAACAAAAAAAUUGCGAUACGAAAAAAGAACGUUAACUAAAAAGGUCAAAAAACUAGAGGGAGUAUUAGAAGCCAUACAAAAGAAGUAUGAUGAUAUUAACGAAUCACAAAUUGAAGUGAUCGUUAAGAAAUUGCCUUCACGCCAACAGGAAGCAGUCAAAGUUUGCAUUUCUGCAGCGCAAGCCAAAACACCUAAUGGCCGGCGAUAUACUCAGCAGUGGGUGUACGAGUGUACAUUGUUAAAAAUAAAAUCUCCAGCGCUCUACCGAAAAAUGAUAAGAGAUCAGACACUUCCCUUGCCCUCAACAAGAACAUUACAAAGAUACAUGAAAAACUAAAACCAUCAUUUGGUUUCCUUCCUGGAAUCUUUGAGCUAUUAAAACAGAAAUGUAAAGUGAUGGAAAUCGAUUAACGACAUGGUUGCCUCAUUUUUGAUGAAAUCAGUUUGUGUUCUGCACUAAAUUUUAACAAAAAUACACUGAAGAUUGAUGGGUUUGUAAAUCUUGGAAAUUAUACUCCAGAAGAAUUGACUGAUCAGCCAGGCGACCAUGCGCUCGUCUUUAUGUUCAAACCGUGGAAAAAGACAUGGUUUCAAACAAUAGCGGCAUUUCUAGGAAAGGGUGCAUUGAAGGGACCACUUCUAGUAAAACUUGCUCUAGAGGCAACAUGUUUACUAGAACAAUGUGAUCUUCAUGUUGACAUGUGGGUGUGUGAUGGAGCUCCUUGGAACAGGAAUAUGUGGGCGGAGGUAGGCCUAAGCAACCCCUUUAGUCAAAGAAAAACAAAACAGGAGGGUAUGAACAUGAUCGCUAAUAAAGGUCGAACAAGCUUUCAACAUCCUUGUGAUGAAGAUAGAAGAAUCUAUAUGUGUUCAGAUUUUCCACACUUAAUUAAGUCAUUGAAAAGCAGAAUAUUUCCAAACGAAAAAGGACUGGUUAAAGAUCUUGUAACUCCUGACGGAAUAGUCAAAUUUUCGCAUUGGGUAGCACUUUAUGAGGCAGAUAAUGUCAGAGGUAAACCUAUUCAACGAUGUCACAAGCUAUCACGAGACCACCUAUAUCUCCCCAAUUAUCAAAAAAUGAAUGUAGGCAUGGCAUUCGGUUUUUUUAGCAAAACUGUUGCUGAUGCGAUGGAAGCGUAUCAGGAGGAGGGAUAUCCGAAUUUGGAAGACAGCGCCCCAACUAUAGCCUUCAUUCGUAGAAUUAAUACUCUAAUAGAUGCUAUGAACGCAAAUACUCCAUGGAAUAGCAUCAGACCGGGGGAAAGUGUUACGUAUGAAGCUGAUGCGUGCGAAAGUAAAGAUGAGGACACUGUGCACAAAUUUGAAACGAAAAAGUGUGCAAGAAAGGUUAUAAACGAGUUUCUGGACUCUUUAGUGGAGAUGUCUGAAAUGCCCGUACCGCAGCACGCGAAGCUAGCUCAUCAAACCCAAUAUGGUCUUUAUGUGACUCUCUGCAGUGCAUUGGAAGUGGCAGAUUAUCUUAUUAAUUGUUGUAAAGCGUAAA